AUAGCUUUGAGUCACAGACCUCUCUCUGUCUCGGAGAAACUCGACUCGCUCAGAGAGAAGAAAAAAUGGCGGGUGGUGGAAAGGUGUCGUUCAAGGUUACUCUGACCUCCGAUCCGAAGCUGCCCUUCAAAGUGUUUAGCGUUCCAGAGGCAGCCCCUUUCACCGCCGUCCUCAAAUUCGCCGCCGAGGAAUUCAAAGUGCCUCCCCAGACCAGCGCCAUCAUCACCAACGAUGGUGUUGGAAUCAAUCCUCAGCAAAGUGCAGGCAACGUAUUCCUGAAGCAUGGUUCAGAACUGCGCCUAAUUCCUCGCGAUAGGGUUGGAGCCUUUGGGACAAUCAAUGCAUCAUUACCAUCCAACUGAAGAAACUGGUCUGCUUCUACUGUAAUUUCCAUUAUCCUUUAUGAUAUGUACCAAUUUAAAUGAAGUUGGAAGAAUCUGAAACUUUAUGAAGCAAUAGCAGAAUAGUUGACAGUAUACUCUCCAGAAAAAUAACUGAUAAACUAAAAUAAGAUUGAAAGUAUAAUAUCAAGCUUUAAAUCUUUAGUUGUUA